AUGGUAGCUCUGGAGGAGCUGCAGAGAUCCACAUCUCAGUGUUCGAUCUUCUUUCAGGUGACGGAGAACAUCAUCUCCAAACAAACCUUCAUUGAGGCGAGAACGAUGCCUCGCUCUUUCAACAACUCAAAGUUCAUGAGCUCCGUGGCCCAGAGGCCGUCCGCCCACCUGACUCUUCGAGACUCCCAAACGGUGCUGCUGUUGAGCUUUUGGAUCCCAUCCUAUCCGACUACCACUCAGGGUCUCCACCAGUCUUGUCGUCAUGUGGUCCGCUCCUGGGCUAACCAGAGUUUUGGAGCUCACCUCCACAACAUGACCCUGACCAAUGGGAAGCUGCGAGUGCCUCAGGACGGGCGGUACUACCUGUACUCACAGGUCUACUUUCGGUAUCCGUCUCCAGCGGCCAGUGAUGGAGACCAGCGCAGCGUCAGCCACCAGCUGGUGCAAUGCGUCUACAAGAAAACAUCUUACCCAAGCCCAAUUCAGCUCCUGAAGGGUGUGGGAACUAAGUGCUGGGCUCCAGACGCUGAGUACGCCCUGCACUCCGUCUACCAGGGAGGACUGUUUGAGCUGAGAGCCGGCGACGAGCUCUUCGUCUCAGUCUCUUCUCCUACAAUGGUGAACGCUGAUGAUUCGUCCAGUUACUUCGGGGCCUUCCGCUUGGACCUUUAAGAGAACGGGACGGGAGAUGACGGAAAACAAAGAGACUAGAGAAAAUACAGAGAAUGAGACAGACACCUUUUUAAAUACAAUGAGCCUGGAUCUUGGGUGUGUGCCAGGACCGACAUACUGACUGAGGCAAAGGUUGGGGGUUUUACACAUUAGCCUGAAUGAUGAACCCUGCGAAAGGUUUGGGUGAAAGGGAAAGGAGAAGAAUGGAUUUGUCGUUCCUACGUUCCAUUAAGAGAGCGAGAUUUUCCAGAGACGUGCAAUCAUAAAUGUGAGGACUUAUUUACAGUCGAUUCUUGCCGUUUGGACUUUACAAAAGAAGGUCCUUUGGACAUCCCCAGUGAACACAUCAAUCGCCGUCAUUUUUCUCUUUUAACAAACUUUGUUUUAAAAAGCAAUACCCUUGGAUUUCUGAACCAAAGAAUGUACACAUCCUUCUUCUGCAUCAAAGAUGUGAAGAAGGACCUUUGAACGGUAG